UCCGCGAAGCCAACCAUGUGGAGGACGAGCAGCGGGUUUUGCGCAUGGAGUCUCCUGCUCCUCACAGAGGUCUGUGCGCAGACCCAGCGGAGACCAAUCUUUUCGUGCGGAGGAAACGUCACAGGGGACUCUGGAGUGAUUGGGAGCCAGGGGUACCCAGGAGUCUACCCCCCCAACACCAAGUGUGUGUGGAGAAUCACAGUCCCUGAGGGCAAGGUGGUGGUCCUGUCCUUCCGCUUCAUCGACCUGGAGAGUGACAACCUGUGCCGCUACGACUACGUGGAUGUUUACAGCGGGCAUCCCAGUGGCCAGAGGCUCGGUCGCUUCUGUGGGACCUUCAAGCCAGGCGCCCUGGUCUCCGGGGGCAACAAGAUGCUCCUGCAGAUGGUGUCUGAUGCCAACACGGCGGGAAGUGGCUUCCUGGCCGUUUUCUCUGCUGCACAUCCGCAUGAGAGAGGGGAACAGUACUGUGGAGGCAGAUUGGAUAAACCCUCUGGGUCUUUCAAAACGCCCAACUGGCCUGAGAAGGACUACCCAGCGGGAGUCACCUGUUCCUGGCACUUAGUGGCACCAAAGAACCAGAUUAUUGAAGUCAAGUUUGAGAAGUUUGAUGUGGAAAGAGACAACUACUGCCGCUACGACCACGUCUCCAUUUUCAACGGGGCAGAAAUCAACGACGCCAAGAGGAUCGGCAAAUACUGUGGAGACAGCCCCCCGGCCCCGGUGUUCUCCGAGGGGAACCAGCUCCUGAUCCAGUUCCUGUCGGAUCUCAGUCUAACGGCAGACGGCUUCAUCGGACACUACAAGUUCAGACCAAAGAAGUUCUCCACCACCAUGCCACCCCCCACCACCACCACGCAGCCCGCCACCACCAGGCCCAUACCUCUGAAGUACUCCGUCGCCCUGUGCCAGCAGAAAUGCAAAAGACGGGGAACGCUCGAGACUAAUUACUGCUCCAGCAAUUUUGUAAUAACCGGCACUGUUAUUACGGCGGUGAUGAGAGAAGGAAGCAUGUACGCCACAGUCUCCAUCAUCAACGUGUAUAAAGAAGGCAGCCUGGCCAUCCAGCAGGCAGGAAAGACCAUGAGCACCAAGAUCAUUAUCCUGUGCAAGAAGUGCCCAUUUGUCAGAAGAGGCUUGAACUACGUCUUCAUGGGCCACGUGGACGAGGACGGCCGCGGGAAGAUCGCCCCGCAGCACUUUGUCAUGGCGUUCAAGACCAAGAACCAGAAGGUGCUCAACGUUCUGAAGAACAAGCACUGCUGAGGAUCUCCACUGGACUGGUGCGUGUGGAUGGAAACAAUUAUUAAACAAACAACACACCUCCGUCUCAACAAACACAAACACAGGCCACA